AUGUCGUUCUCCAACGUAGAACAAUUGUUGGCUUCGUUGGCCACACAGCCAUCCUAUGGCUUGAGAGCCACGCUCAACCAAGCCAGGCUGAUCAGAAGAACGGCUGACCAACGCCAGUCCUCUCCCUCACCCCCAUCGUCCCCAGCUCCCGCUUCAGAAGCCGGUCCAUCCAGCCCAAAAAGACCCAAUUCAGCCCAAGAAAUGGCUGAAAAGCCAAAGACUAAACUGGAAUUAAAGUUAAUUCCAAUUAGUCCGGCUUCAUCGCCAGAAUCAAGCCCAAUCAAGAAAAUGGCUCCAGAAUUCCACAAAACACCGCAGGAGCCUUCAACCAGCGCAGCGGCUUCAGAAGCCACGACCAAGGCCAAAAAGACUGAAGAGCCGGCUACAGAAGAAGCCGCGGCAAAGAAGUCUAGAAAACGGACGAGAAAGAAUAAGGAAGAGGAUGAGCCACCAUUGAAGAAGAUAAUCAGAGAUAGGAUGCAACAGAUCGUCAGAUGGGAGAUGCAGCAUCCGAGGGCCAUAGAAGUGCCAACGCCAAGGAACGAUGAAGAAGAAAUCACCAUUCUUCGAGCCCUGUAUAGAAGCCCCAGCAAGUCUGGAGGUAUUAUAAAAUUUCGUUAUGCCUAA